AUGCCUAUGCCAGCCCGAACGCAGAUUUACGAUUCAGAUUGGGAAGAAGAUGGGAUGUCGGAUGGUGAAGUCGAAUACCGCCGUGGCUUGGACGAGGAGGACAAGACUAGAUACAACGCAGGCGAAGACGAGAUGGACAUGAGCUUCAGAGCAAACGAGAUCUUCUAA